AAUGAAGACUUAUUCCAAACCCCAGACAUUUUCUCAGGCACUCCUACAUCGGCAUCAAACUUUCAAUCCCCUUUGUCCAGUCUAGACAACAGAGUAUUCCAGAGUACUCCAUUUUAUACAACCCCAACAUCCAUCAAGGCUGAUAUUAAUGCGUUUGACCCAUUAUCUAAUGAUUACGUUGCGAAUGAUGAUCCAUUCAAGCCCCAGGAAAGCCAGUUUGACAAGCUGUUUGCCACCCCUGUUGGCACUAGUGAUGGCAUUGAUGGCACUUUUACAGAGCUCAAAACUGGAACAUUCGAGGACACGUCCCCAGUUAUAUCACCAGUAAAUGGGCUGAUGUUCAAAAGACGUCCUCCCAAACCAACACCCCGCAGGGUUCAUAAGAAUUCUAAUCAGGAUGUGGACGAUCAUUCUUCUUCCAAGCCUGCUGUUGUCCCUCCCACAUCCACACUAGCUCAUUUUGAUACUCCUCAGAUUCCCCUAAUAUCCACCCAGGCUCCUCCCAUGUUCACUCCUGCUCCUCAUCCUCCUGUCUUACAGGCCAGAACCAGCAUUCAGAACAAAACACAGGCUGAAGAGGAAAAUGACAAUCAAGUCUACGAGGACAUUCUUCUCAUUGGUCAGGAGAGAUGUGUAGAGGACUGGCCAGAGGACAGCCCCCAGCUUUCUCCCGACUGGAAGCCGGCUGGAAGGUUAAGACUGAGGAGGGACUCUUUGAGGAUUGCUGCAGAAUCUGAGGCAGCCCUGACUUUAGAGACUCUUGGGAAGAAACACGGCAAAGGGAAACUGAGCAAGAAGUUGAGGUCCUCAUUCUUAUCUAGAAGAGGCUCGAAGGAUAAGUUUGGAGACGACCUGAAAGCGGCACAGACAGCAACGCUCGGCCGAGAGUCAAAGGAGAAAACCUCUGAUGGCAUGAAUGGUGGCUAUGGAGGGACCCUGCCUUGGGGAACAAAGUUCCCUGAUGGUGCGUCAGAUGAAGUUUUCUCAUCUGAUCAAGAUGAACACGGUGCAGCAGUGGCCAACAAACCUGUGAAGCAGAAGAAAAGAAUAAAAGUAGUCGUUCCUCAGUUACGUUACCGAACAUCAUCCAAGAUCAAGUCCACUAGUGACGUUCCUGAUAAUGGAUUAGGCCAUUCCACCAUCCUGCAAGCUUCCAAGGGCAUGUUUGAAGAUGACCUAAAAAAGAUGAAUGACCUCCCAUUUAUAGAGGAAUCAAUGGAAGACCAAUUUGUGAGAACCGAUGCUGAAAAGAGUCACUCCUCUGCAGACUUCUUGGAUUCAUUUAGGACUCUAAAUGAGGAGGAGGGGGCAACUGGGUACACCCCUUCAUGGGAGUCAAAGGCAGGUUACCAAGAUGAGCCUUUCUCUCCGAGUGGUGCCGAGCAGUUCACACCUUUAGACAACACUGGAAAACAACCAGAAAUGCAGGACUGUCGACCUAAGAAACCUGUUAAAUUAAGAAUUCCCCGGCUGCCUCGGAAAGAAUCGAAGAGCGCACCAGAUGACGUCCCACAGAAGGGUGCAGAUCUGUUUAAAGCCAGUGACGUUAACGGCUCUGAACUGAAUGGACAUGAGGAUUAUAAUGAGCUGAAAAAGCCACCUAUUCUGAGGGUUCCACCACUACCUCGCAGAGAUUCAAAGGGUCUACAGGAUUCAGAAACCCCAGAAAAAGGAGAAGAUCUGUUCAAAGCAGGAGACGAUGAAGAUGCUGAGAACUGGAUGGAGGAGUACAGUCCGGACGCCAAGCCUCAUAAUAAUUCACAUACGGCAAGCAGAGAAACAAAGGCUAAAGGUGAAGCAUACUUUCCUGAAGACUUUGAUCCCCCAGGUGCUACCUCCAGUGACUUCUACCUUUCAGAGGCAGCUAAGGCUGAAUGGAUGUCCUCACAGAUGGACGUGAGGCGCACAAGAGGACCAGAAGAAGAAGAGAGAUUGGAGGGUGUGGAGGAGGAGGAAGAAGAAGGGGACACUGACAGUCUGAUGGAGUGGUGGAACACAGUGGAAUUGUGGGAUGAGCUACCAUCAGAUGAGGAAAUCACCCUUAAAGAGGAUGAAACUAUAUCUUUCACUGAGAUUGCUGGGAAGGUCCACCGUGGGCUCCGUGUCUUCUAUAAAGUUUUCACAGAGCAAGCCGAAUUUCUCUACCAGCACGUGCUGUUCCUCUACGCCCUCGCUGAUGACCUCAGCAACUUCCACCGCCGUGCUAAGAUUGCUAACAUCACAGGUGGCACUACAACAGCUGUGGGUGGCGUGGCAGCCAUCGCCGGACUGGCUUUAGCCCCUGUUACAUUCGGGGCUUCGCUCAUUGUAUCAGUGGUUGGCCUAGGGGUGGCCACAGCGGGAGGAAUCACGGCAGCUUCGGCUGCCAUCUCAGACAACGUCCAUGACAUGAACGACCGUAAGAAGAUCGAGAUCAUCGUGCAGGACUAUGAGACUCGUUUGACAGAAAUGCAGCGCUGCCUUCGGUUCGUUGCGGAGGGGAUCCGUCGACUACGCUGCCACCCUCUGCUCCGGAGGAACAACUACUAUGCCGGCGACUGGGAGGUACGACGAGCGCUACAGACCAUUAGCCUGGUCAGCGAACCUGUGGAGCGAGCGGAGGAGAUAGUGGACACAGCCAUGGCAGCCUUGAACAGCGUGUGUAAAGGCAUGGAUAAGUACUUCACCAAGGACUCGAGGGAGCUGAAGAAGGGAUGCAAGAAGGAAGUGACGAUGCGAGUGCAGAUGCUGGCCAAGCAACUGCAUGAUGGCUUGGUGCAGCUGAACUCCAUUAGAGAGCAGUUACUGGAUGCAACUGGGCAUGUUUAGAAUUGUUGGGUCAGGCUUUGGUUGACAACCAUGUGGACGUUUCAGUGGUGAUGCCAGUGAUGUCCGAAAGGAGUAGAACUGGUCCAAAUACGGAUCAGCUGUUGCUUCGGAGUGUCUGGUUUUGCAUGCGACUAUCCAAGACAGGCCACAUCCCACAAAACAUCUUAAAAGGAUGACACUAAAACGAAUGCUCACUUGGUGUCAAGGUUCAGUCGGUAUAGAAAAAUAAUAUGAUUUUAAUAUACACCAGCGUCCAAAAGUCUGAAAUCACUUUUUAUAUUAAUGUUUGCUUUUUUUAAUAUAAAAUAGCAAAA